ACUAUUUAUGCUUGUUCGAAAACACACAAUAACAGCAUGCCAUCGUGGCCCUCUAGGCUCUUCUCGGCGGAUAGCGACUCGGGCGGGGUGGUGAGGCACGGGAGGUCCAGGCCUCAACAGGUUUCCGCCUCGACGGGGUGGACGGGGAGUCCUGGACGCAGUGGUAGAGGUAGUGCUAGCGCUGACGGUCUUGCUGAGGAGGGAGGUGGACGAGGGGGUGGUAGGAGUGGUGGUGCGCUGUUUGUGAGCCUCCUUUCUCUCUCUCUCUCUCUGUUUACUUACCCUUUCUGGAGCUUAUCUGACGGGAGGGGGUGUAAUAGGCGACGGGCCAUUGCAUGUGCUGUGAUUGUACGGUUCGAUGGCCAUCAGACUUGAAUGUCUUUAGAUGCACGGUCUGCAUGACCAUCAACGACCUAAAGCCGGUCCCCUCGGGGCCGUCGGGGGCCCCGGAUACUCCGUCGAAGGAAGGUUUGCGCAUACUAUUCUUUAUAACCCUACCUGGGGCCCUUUGACACCUUACUAAUGAGGGCUUCCUCUAUUUUAGUGCCUCCGGUGUCCAUCGCGGGAACUGAGGCUAUAAUAGACAUUUGCGUGGAGGAGUAUCUCGACAUGCGGAAAUGGGUUAAGCAGAUGCCGGUGUAUGCACCCCCACCGCCGCCUAUUGGAGGAAAGGAAGAGGGAUCUAUGCCGUCCACGUCUGCCCCUAGCGUCAUGCCUCCCGUCGGCGAUGUUCUCGGCCCACCGCCGCGGAGGUCGGGGAAAGACAGGGGUGGGGUUCCGGAGGGGUGUGUGCAGGGCUCUUGUGGGGAGCUCGCUAAAAAUAUGUUUAAGCGCUUGGAGGACCACUUGUUUCUAGCGUUUAACGAUUGGGAAUGUCUUAAUGGGAGUUUUGUUAAGGAGCAGAAGGGGCCCGGGGAACGCAACAAAGUCGAGAGGACGGAAAUUAGCGCGGCUGAACAGGGAAGUAGGCCACGGGGGAGUCGGGGGAGGAGGAGAGGGGAUAUAACUCCUACCACAGAGAAUAUUGGGGAGAAGGAAACUAUGUUGUUGAUGGGAAGGGGAAGGGGUGCAAGGGAUAGGGGUUAUAACAAAUCCGGGGGGGUGGAUAGGGGUCGUGCGGAUGCGAAACUUAGUCUUCGCAGUCCCAACAUUGAUUGGGAUGCUGUUAAUGAGUUUUAUGACAUGAUUAUGAAUGCCGGGGGGGAUUAUCCGUUGGAAAGAGCUUUGCAUCGAUCUGGUGGCGGGGAUAAGGGAGAAGGCUCGGGAGGACAGUCUGAAAGGUUGCUCUCCCGAAGGCUGGGGUGGGAAGAUGAGAUCAUGGAGAUAUCACGGGAAAUAGAGGAGGCCAGGAAUAAUGUUGCUGGGGCCUUGUUGAAGGCUACCGAGAGCGUACUCAAACGCCCCAGGCGGCCUCUGAAGAAGCCAGAGGAGGUCAGAUUCUUGCUUAUAAUACUGGCAAAUCCUCUGCUAUAUCCAUCGACCUCCCGGGCAUCUACCAGGCCAAAUGGCGGUAUGGCGUCUUCACCGAACGCCCGCUCACCUCGAACAGUUGGGGAUAGACUCACCGCACCGAAGAGGUACCCUUCUGAUUCAUCUUCCCAUAGUGGGGCAAGUGGUGGUCCGGGGCACCAUGCUGGUAUCAUAAAGCGGAUUCUUGGUUUGUUGUCAAAUCUGCCAAACGAGUGCCAUCAUUUCCUCGUCUCGUGGUUUACAAGGAUGCCGGAAACGCAGUUCCGGCGAUUGAUCGAGCUUGUAGGAAGCUUUAUCACUUAUCGACUGACUAGACAGCAGGGAAGGAAGCGAUUGCAUACAGGUGGGUCUGCGGCGUCAACGUGCGGGCGGUCGUCUUAUCAUGACGAUUGGCAGAUCCGCGCCGCAGCCCGAGUCAUGUCGUUAUUCUUCUCGGCAAACAAUAAUACUGCCGGCCGUCGUUGCCUACUAAGUUCCAGCUAUGGUCUGGCGGAUGAUAAUUUAAGUUAUGGCCAGAUCGCGCGACGUGAGGCGCAGAGGAGGGGUCAGAUUAUCCCUACAAGCGAAUUUUAUAAUAUGAUGCUCGAUUACCACGACCUGAUAGCUGACUUUGACGUCUGGGAAUCGAGGGCGUCGAGGUUUUGCUUUUGUCAGUAUCCGUUUCUAUUAUCUAUGGGGGCCAAGAUAUCUAUUCUUGAGCACGAUGCGAGGAGACAGAUGGAGGUACAAGCUAGACACGCGUUUUUCAAUAGCAUCGCGAGCCGUAGGACCAUAAACCAGUACCUGGUGCUGAAGGUCCGAAGAGAAUGCCUGGUUGAGGAUAGCUUGAAGGGAAUUAGUGAAGGAGUAGGUAGUCUUGACGACAUCAAGAAGGGGCUAAGGAUUGAAUUUAUCGGCGAGGAUGGUGUUGAUGCUGGGGGCCUGAAGAAGGAAUGGUUUCUCCUAGUUGCUCGAGAUGUUUUUGACCCGAACUAUGGUAUGCCUACUCCCCCCCCCCUCUGCGAGUUAUAGGGGUGAUUGAAGGGAGGGCUUAUGGAAUUUAGGUAUGUUUGCCUACGAUGACGAUUCUCAAUACUGCUACUUCAAUCCAAACUCCCUCGAGUCUUCGGAGGAGUUCUUCCUUGUCGGGGUAUUGUUUGGCCUGGCCAUUUACAAUUCCACCAUCCUGGACGUGGCCUUGCCGCCAUACAUGUUCAAGAAGCUCCUUCACUCCAUAACGGCGCACAGUCUCACGGCAUCCUCUGCCCGCCCCCAUUUGCAUCACACUCUCGAGGACCUCGCUGUCUUCAAGCCUUCGCUGGCCCAUGGGCUACGCCAGUUACUCGAGUUUGAGGGAGAUGUCGAGUCGACAUUUUGCCGCGACUUUGUCGUCGAAACCGAAAGGUUCGGACAAGUGACACGCGUACCGCUCUGCCCCAACGGCGAGAACCUACCCGUGACCAAUUCCAACCGUAGGGAAUUUGUCGACCUAUACCUGAACUACCUCCUCAACUCUUCCGUCGCGAAGCAAUUUGAGCCCUUCAAGCGCGGCUUCUUCACCGUAUGCGGCGGAAACGCGCUGUCACUCUUUCGCCCGGAGGAAAUCGAGCUGCUAAUCCGCGGUUCGGACGAAGCACUUGAUGUUUCCGCACUCAAAGCGGUUGCUAUAUACGAUGGCUGGGGUGGUGGGAAUCCAGCCGAGAAUGACCCGGUUGUGAAGUGGUUCUGGAACUUUUUCGAGAGGAUCACGCCAAAAGAGCAGAGGAUGCUGCUGAGCUUUAUUACUGGCAGUGAUCGGAUUCCGGCUAUGGGUGCGACCAACUUGAUCAUCAAGGUGGUUUGCCUGGGACAGGAUAGUAACAGAUUCCCAGUUGCGAGAACGUGCUUUAAUCAGAUUUGCUUGUGGAGGUAUAGGCGCAGGGAGAAGUUGGAAACACUACUCUGGAGGGCGGUGACGGAGAGUGAAGGCUUUGGGCUGAAGUGAUACCCAGCGUGUGGGGGGACGGGAGUAUCUGCGUGCAGGGGGUGAAUGUGCUUAACUCAUUCUUAAUUAUUAGUAACUCUCUUUUUGCUCUUUGUCUUUCCUCUGCCUGUCUGCCUCCCGCUAGUCUGUUUGUCACGAUCCCUGUUAAUUGCUCGUACAUAUGGAACUCACUCGUUUAAUCGAAUCGAAUCUAAUCGGGUUUGCGUACAG